AUGUCUCGGCAGCCAUUGGUUUCACUUGGACAGCCACCGCUGACUCCGCCCACCGCUUUUCCGCUGUGGACGACAGCGGAACGACGGGGCUCGCAAAUUGCACAGGGCCAACGGAACGAUAGUAUUAGUGUUGCUAUUAUUGUUAUUAUUGGCGGUGGAUGUGGUGGUGGUGCUGAUAGUAAUGGUGAUGGCGGUGCACAACUGAAAUAG